UGAGCCGGAGCGGCCGCCUGCGGUCCGGCCCCGUAGGCGCAGAGGGUCCUGUCGGCGGCGCCCGGGAGCGACUAGCUUCCCGAUGCUUCCGCCCUGGCUCCCGCCGGCCGGGCUGUGCGGUUAGGGCCCGGCUCCGGCCCCCUGAGGUGUCCGCGUGGGUGAGAACGGUUUCGGCCCCGCGGAACGGAGCGGCUGGAGCGCGAGGCGGCGGCCGCCGGGAGGAGGAUGGGGGCUAACCAGUUAGUGGUGCUCAACGUGUACGACAUGUACUGGAUGAACGAAUACACCUCUUCCAUCGGAAUUGGAGUUUUUCAUUCAGGAAUUGAAGUAUAUGGCAGAGAAUUUGCUUAUGGUGGCCAUCCUUAUCCCUUUUCUGGAAUAUUUGAAAUUUCCCCAGGAAAUGCUUCUGAACUAGGAGAAACAUUUAAAUUUAAAGAAGCUGUCGUUUUAGGGAGCACUGACUUCCUAGAAGAUGAUAUAGAAAAAAUUGUGGAAGAAUUGGGAAAAGAAUACAAAGGCAAUGCCUAUCAUUUGAUGCAUAAAAAUUGCAAUCACUUUUCUUCGGCUUUAUCAGAGAUUCUCUGUGGGAAAGAGAUUCCUCGCUGGAUCAAUCGGCUUGCCUACUUCAGCUCCUGUAUACCUUUUCUACAGAGUUGCCUCCCAAAGGAGUGGCUCACGCCCGCAGCCCUGCAGUCCAGCGUCAGCCAGGAGCUCCAGGACGAACUGGAGGAGGCAGAGGACGCUGCAGCCUCGGCUUCCAUGGCCAGCACCACCGCAGGCUCCAGACCUGGGCGCCACACCAAACUAUAACUGUCUCCAAAGUCACACAUUCAGGACUGUCUGUGGCAGUUGACUAUCACUAGAGAAAAGUAAAAGAAUAAACGUCCUUUGGAUAUUUUGUAUGCAAAGAUGGCUCUCCCCCAAAUCCCAGUUUUUCAGCUCAGGAUUAUAUUUGUAAUCAAAAACAAAACAAAAAAAAGAAAUCACUUGGCGCAGGAGGGAGAACUUUGUAUGAAGCUGCCCUCUGUUUUUUUUACCCACUUGUAAAUUUGGAUUUACUUCUUCUGUUUUAUACAAGCUCUGUUAAGUUAUGUUUACAGUAUUUUGUAUCACUGUUUACAAAUCUUGCAUGGACUCCUGCCACCAUGAAAGAAGAAAAUCAUGUCUUCAGAACUUAGGCAGGUAAUCUUUGUACACUUCUGACCCUUGCCCGAGCUACGGCACACGUGAUAGGCACAGAGGAAGGUACUCAUGCAGUUAGAGUCACCAUGACCUGCUUAAGAAUUGUCUUUCAGGUUUGUCUUUGUUCUUGUUCCCCUCUGGGCACCAGGAUGCACUGAGUGAAGGCGCACACAGCCCUGCGGGCUCAGGACCUUGGUCUGCGUGAGAGGCGCCCGCGCGGUGCUCUCAGCGCGCCUUCCUCUCCAAGUAGCACAUCGCCCAGGGUUCCCGCUGAACGGUUGCUUUCAUCCCAAAUAUCCGUCCACCUCCAGGGGGUGGUGCACUCUUGUGUCAGUCUGGCUUUGAUGCCUCUGAUUCUGUAAGUAAGAUGUUUUUCGUUAAAGAUAUUCUUGCUGGCAACAAGUGUUUUUGCACAUGCAUUGGGGGGGCUUCAUUUUUAUUUUAGUAUGUAUCAAUAUCCUCCCUGCACAGGAUUUUGUACAUGGGGCAGGAGUAUCCUAAGUGGUAGCCUUCUGAGUAGCAGUGUGAAUUGACAUUCAACUGCUUUUAACUGUUCAGGCUACUUUUAUACUACAUCUUGAAAACUAGAGUCUAAACGAACACUUUCUGAAAAAGUGAAUACUUGGAUAUUUUAAGCAUUUUAUGUUCCCUACCAGAAAGACUAUUAGUUUGUUAUGGGAGUAGUUUCACCUCAUAAUAGAAAGCCUAGUCUCAUUGACCUCAUGUGGAAAACACAUAUUUAUGUGUCUUAGACUUCCAUCUUUUUCUGUUCUCCCAAAUGUAUGUGUCUUACAUGGCCUAGUCUAAAAAUGAAGUUGUCACCCCAGGUAUGUCCUCAUUAGCAAGGAAUCUGUCUGUUCACGUCUACUCCCAGUUUGACCCUUGGAUGUAAGAGCCAAGUCAUUACAUGUCAGAUUCAAUUUUUCUGCCUUAAGAAUGAAUGUCCUAUAUAAAAUAUUGGAUGCAGUGUGUAAAUUAUCCAAGGCAGUGACUUCAGCUUUAUAUAUAUUGUUAGUUUUAAAAUCAUCUACAUUUAUUUAAACUUCUAGAUGGGAUUGUUUGCUAUUACUCUUUGUAAAGAUACAUAUCUUUCAGUAAACUACAUUUUUAACUUUUCCAUAAGCUGAUUUUGAGUCGUUUUAUCAAAUAAAGCACACCCUGUUCAUAGGGAAAAUAAACCUUGGGUUUGACCUGAGGAAAAUGAAGCCACUUAACCUAAUCACGCUUUUGACUGUUCUGCUUCUGGAGAGGAAAGCCUUUAUGAGUUAUUCUCAGUUCUUUGGGAGGGGCAGAGCACUUGUUUUAAGAGAUGGGCCAGAAAGGAAUAUAUGAUCUUUAUGAGACGUUGACUCGGUUCAGGUCUAAAAGUGAAAUUGAGAAUAAAAUGCAAAGACUCUGAUAGGGAAUCAGUUCACUCAAAGAAGAGUCCUAUCCUAACCUAAAACUCAGGUUAGUGAUAAAUGUUUAGUGCAGUUUGCUUCGGAUAUUUUUUUUUUUUAAUUUGGUGGAUUCCAGUUUUUUUCUUAUCCAUUCAAAAUAUACAUGAUUUUAAGUCCGUGCUGCUGACACCCAUGAAGGAGUGGCCAUUGUUUAGGCACUUCUUGGUGAGUAGCCAGGAACCUUCUACCUUUGCUCAUCCAGAUUCCAGCACCUCAGCACACAAAUGAUUUUAUUGUGAUUUUGUUGUAUUUGUUUUCAUCUGCAGCAACUGGGGUUUAAAAAUAGUGUAAAGGGUCUUAGUAAAAAUAAAUAAUGGCCUAAAAGGCCAAUUAUCCAUAGAAUCAGCAGAUAAAAUUCUGGACAUGAGAUUGUUGGCAGUCUAAUUGUACUUGAGGUUGAGAAAAUAAGUGUCUUUAGAAAAUCUCAUUUAAGUCCAUUUGUUCACUGCAGUUCAAAAUUGAGGAUGAAUUUAAUUAACUAGCAUUUAGCCACCUUCCCUUGCCCUUGAAGGAAAAGCCUCUUGUUCUCAACCUAAUCUCUGUUAAGAAAAAUCCUAUAUAAGAAAUCAGGUCAUUAAGAUACAUGUGAUACAAUGGCAUCAGAUGUUCUCUGUGUAGCUGUAACCAAGUGAAGCUCAUUUCUCAUGGUGGGUUGGGCAGUAAAAGUGUUAAAGAGGGUCGGGAGCUGCUGGUUUCUGCUGUUUGUUCUCAGUGCCCUUUAGUUUCGGUUUUUUUCUUUUUCUCAACCCUAAGAAGGGGGCAUCAGUUUUGGAAAGUGCGGCCUGUGGCGUGGUAGAAGGCGGUGAUGCAGCAGUAAAGAGAGCCUCCACUUGAUGCCUGAAAUCCAGCCCACUGUUGCUCUGACCCACAGCAAUAGUGCAAGUUACCUUCACCAGCAUUUGUACAGAGCAGGGAAUUCUGGUUUUCGCCAAUUGAUAGCAUUGUGUGUAUGAGGAGAUUCAACCCUACAGACAGCUGCGGGACUCUGUAUCCAUGGCUUCUUUCCAUCACAAAACGGGUAGAAACACGUUCACUGCUUCAGGGUUCUAAUCUGUGUGUCGUCUUAUGGCUCCAUUUCUAUAAGAUACUCUGUAAUUUUGAUACAUGCUGUAUUUUCUUUCAGUGACUUAAGUUUAAAAGGUGUGGGUUCUGUUUCAGCAAAUUGGCCAUACUGCCACUGUACCCCUUCCCUUCAGUAUGGUUUAGCAGCUCAGUCAUUAGACUUUCAUUGUCUACCCAGUCAAUAUGCAUCUUCACUGUUUGAAAGGUGUUAACAGCAGUUGGAGAAUCUUCAUGAACCUGAAGAUUUAUUUCUUGUGAAGUUGAAUGCAAAUGUACUGUCAUUCAUAGUGUUUAUAUGAAAAAAUACCAGGAAUCUUCACUUUUGCUACCUUGAUAUAGCAUUGGGCUAUCAUGUUAACAACAUUGAAAUACAUCAAUUUAUUAAAAAAUACUUUUAUAAGAAA